AUGGCUUCCAUUCAGAAGCUCUUUGGUGUGACAAUUCUUCUGGCACUGACCAUUGCUUCACCAUCCAAUAGUGCCACAUUAAGUGCAGGAUCAAAGUACUCCACUUUGGGUACAAGGCUGAAGCUAGAUGGUGAAUCAACAGAGUGCUGGGACUCAUUGUUUGAGCUGCAAGCAUGCACUGGUGAGGUCAUAACGUUCUUCCUGAAUGGUGAGGCAUAUUUGGGUCCAAGUUGCUGCCAAGCCAUAAGGGUUGUGGGCCAUGAAUGUUGGCCUGAUAUGCUUCUCUCUCUUGGCUUCACCUCUCAAGAGGAUGAUAUUCUGAAGGGUUUUUGUGAUCAUCAACAACAACACCAACAUUCCCCUCCAUCACCUACUGUAAUUCAAGACCAUGCAACUAAACUGCUUCCUUAA